AUGUCGUCUGAAGAUGGCGACAAAUCUCCAGUUGGAGGAAGAUGGAAAGAAUACACUCAAGAAUCCUGGACCAGGACAAGCAUCGUUGGUGGCUCCGGUGGAACAGGCUUUCAGCAGGACAAGCGAAUGAAUGACCCCUCGAUGGACUGGAUGAAUUCGAAGAGCACCAGGAAGGAGUUUUUCGACAAUCUCGAGCAGCAGUACACUUACUUUUGCUACGGAAAGGGAAACUGA